GCUCCCGGCAGCCUUUGCGCGCCGCUGCGCAAGAUGGCGGCGGACAGUGAGCCCGAGUCCGACGUGUUUGAGAUCACGGACUUCACCACCGCCUCCGAGUGGGAGAGAUUUAUUUCAAAAAUUGAAGAAGUUUUGAAUGACUGGAAACUUAUUGGAACCUUUUCAGGCAAGCCUCUAGAAAAGGGUAUUUAUACGAGUGGAGUAUGGGAAGAGAAAUCAGAUGAAAUUUCAUUUGCCGAUUUCAAGUUCUCGAUUACUCACCACUACCUUGUACAAGAAUCUAGCGACAAAGAUGGGAAAGAAGAGUUGGUAGAAGAUGCCCUUCCACUACCUAUGCAGGAUUUGCUAUGUAUGAACAACGAUUUUCCUCCUAGAGCUCAUUGUCUAGUAAGAUGGUAUGGCUUGCGUGAAUUUGUAGUUAUUGCCCCAGCAGCAAAUAGCGAUGCAGUUCUUAGUGAGUCCAAAUGUAACCUCCUUCUGAGCUCAAUUUCUAUUGGUUUGGGGAACACUGGCUGUCAGGUACCAUUAUUUGUGCAAAUACAUCAUAAAUGGAGAAGAAUGUAUGUUGGAGAAUGUCAGGGCCCUGGAGUUCGCACGGACUUUGAAAUGGUUCAUCUUCGUAAAGUGCCAAAUCAGUAUACUCACUUAUCAGGGCUAUUGGACAUCUUCAAAUCCAAGAUUGGGUGCCCUUUAACUCCAUUGCCUCCAGUUAGCAUUGCUAUUCGACUUACGUAUGUUCUUCAAGAUUGGUUGCAGUAUUUCUGGCCUCAGCAACCACCAGAUAUAGAUGCUCUAGUUGGCGGAGAAGUUGGAGGCCUGGAAUUUGGGAAGCUGCCAUUUGGUGCCUGUGAGGAUCCAAUAAGUGAGCUCCAUUUAGCAACCACAUGGCCUCAUCUAACAGAAGGUAUCAUUGUGGAUAAUGAUGUUUAUUCUGAUUUGGAUCCUAUUCAAGCACCACAGUGGUCUGUGAGGGUCAGAAAAGCAGAUAAUCCUCAGUGUUUGUUGGGUGACUUCCUUACUGAAUUUUUCAAACUUUGUCGUCGGAAAGAGUCAACCGAUGAAAUUCUUGGAAGAUCUGCAUUUGAAGAAGAUGGAAAAGAGGCUGCUGAUAUCAGCCAUGCUUUGUCAAAGCUCACAGAACCAGCCCCAGUCCCAAUCCAUAAAUUAUCAGUCACAAACAUGGUUCACAGUGCAAAGAAAAAAAUUCGUAAACACCGUGGUGUAGAUGAAUCGCCAUUAAAUAACGAAGUCCUCAAUGCCAUUCUGCUGUUCUUAUUCCCUGAUGCUGCUGACAAACUAACAGAUGGAUCUGAAACCAGGCCUACUUCUUCAGCAGGAAGCAAUCCUCCUCCAGAGAGUGAAGAAUAUAAUCUUUUCAGUCAGUUCAAAUCGGCUCCUUCAGAUAGUCUGACCUACAAGCUAGCUUUAUGUCUUUGUAUGAUUAACUUCUACCAUGGAGGGGUAAAAGGAGUGGUCCAUCUCUGGCAAGAAUUUGUACUAGAAAUGCGCUACAGAUGGGAGAACAACUACCUUAUUCCGGGGUUGGCUAGUGGCCCUCCAGAUCUGAGAUGCUGUCUUCUGCACCAGAAGCUUCAGAUGUUAAAUUGUUGUAUCGAAAGGAAAAAAGCAAGGGAUGAGGGAAAAAAGGCAAAUGUUGCUGAUCGUUCCCCUGGUGGUUCUUCUGGUGAUACUGGAAAAGCAGCAGACCACUCUGGCGGAGACUAUCAGAAGGAGACUGAUAAGGAAAAAGAAGUUGGGAAAUCUUGGGAAUCAUGGAGUGACAGUGAAGAAGAGUUUUUUGAAUGCCUCAGUGACACAGAAGACCUGAAAGGAAAUGGGCAGGAGAAUGGAAAGAAAGGGGGAUCAAAAGAAGGUGGCAAAGAAUUCACCAAUUUCAAACCAGAAGGUCGUCUACAUCAACAUGGAAAACUGACCUUGCUGCAUCCUGGAGAACCGCUCUACAUUCCAGUAACCCAGGAGCCAGCACCCAUGACAGAAGAUCUGCUAGAAGAGCAGUCCGAAGUACUAGCUAAACUGGGGACAUCAGCAGAAGGAGCUCACCUUCGGGCACGCAUGCAGAGUGCUUGCUUGCUCUCCGAUAUGGAGUCUUUUAAGGCAGCUAAUCCUGGCUGUUGUCUGGAGGAUUUUGUGAGGUGGUAUUCUCCCCGAGAUUAUAUUGAAGAGGAAGUGGUUGAUGAAAAGGGGAAUGUGGUAAUUAAGGGUGAGCUGAGUGCUCGUAUGAAGAUUCCUAGCAACAUGUGGGUAGAGGCUUGGGAGACAGCAAAGCCAGUUCCAGCCCGGAGGCAGAAGCGACUUUUUGAUGACACUAGAGAAGCAGAGAAGGUGCUUCACUAUUUUGCUGUUCAGAAACCAGCUGACCUUGCAAGGCAUCUUUUGCCUUGUGUCAUUCAUGCAGCUGUACUCAAGGUAAAGGAGGAAGAAACUCUGGAAGAUAUCUCUUCAGUGAAGAAGAUUAUUAAGCAGAUAAUAUCUCAUUCCAGUAAAAUUUUACGAUUUCCAAACCCAGAGGACAAAAAAUUGGAAGAGAUCAUUGCUCAGAUUAUGAGUGUGGAAGCUAUCAUUGCUAGGGCAAGGUCGCUGAAAGCAAAAUUUGGGAUAGAGAAAUGUGAACAGGAGGAGGAAAAAGAAGAUCUACAAAGGUUUGUAAAUUGUCUUUUGGAGCAGCCAGAAGUAUCAGUUGUUGGCGCAGGAAGAGGACCUGCUGGUAGUAUCAUUCACAAGCUGUUUGUGAAUGCCCAGAGGCUGACUGAAUCUUCUGAUGAGGUUGCCACGAUGACUCCACUUGAUGAAGAGCUGAAGAGGUCAGGUUCAGCAGACGAGCGGAGACUGAAUUCAGGAGCAGUUGCAGAUUUCCCACCACCUGCUGGUCGUGAGGUUAUUUUACGUACAACUGUACCCCGACCAGCACCUUACUCUAAGCUGCUACCACAGCGUAUGUACAGCGUGCUCACUAAAGAAGAUUUUCGACUUGCUGGUGCCUUUUCAGCUGAUACAACAUUCUUCUGACAUUGCAAAUUUUAGGUACCUUGUGUGUCUUCACAAGUGGAACACCAUUCAUUUCCUUCAAGGAAAAUAAACCUUAUGGAUUGUGCCAGUCAGUCUUUGGAGAAUGAGGGGAGAACUUUGUAGUUAGUAAUCAAGAAUAGCGUUUUUUCCCCGAGGUGGGAGUUGAACUGGUACCCCAGCACUAAGCCCUACUUCCAUUGAUUGGAAUAGUGCCACAAGGAUUUCUGCCCAUUUUUCCAGGUGUCUGAUUAGAAAAUUCCCCUCUUUCUAAAGAAAUGUAUGUUUUGCAUUAGACAUUUUUAUGGGCCCUGUGCAAAUACUUUAACUGUAAUGCAGUGUGUGCUGCUUUUCAGUCCUACUCUGCCUAAACAUCAUUUUAUUAGGACUAGUCUGUUUAAAGUUUAAUGUGUAAACAUUGAAUAGAUGUAUUUAUUAUCUGAUUCCAAAUUCUAGAUAUUCUGGUGAGUUUCUCACUGAAGUCCAAUGACUGGUUAAAAACUACUUAUUGCUUAAAUGAUAUAGUGGAGAUUAUUGUGGUAAACUCUUUUAACAUGCAGCAUUUGUCUGAAAACCUCUUGUGUAUAUGAUGUAUUUUUUUUCUCCCAAACACCGAAAUAUUUUUGGCUAUAAAAAGAUAAUCCUAAAAUGCAGAUAGCCUUAAACAUAUCAUUCACCAUUUUGGAUAUUCAUGUACCUCACUUAAUGUGAAGACCAAGGCUGUAUGUAAACUACGUGGAAGUAGACGUUUUAAGCAACAUCCUGCUGUUUGUAGAAACAUCUUUGCCACGUAAUGUACAACAUGCAUCUGUGUUCUUGUUGAUCUGCUAAUGACAGCACACUGAAACAAAUACGAAUCACAUGCUGUAAACUAUCAUUUUAAUGUAUGUGCUGAUGUAACAAGUAAAGGAUUAUUUUAAAGCAA